UGGGUCCCGGCUCGGAGGACAUGGCCGGGCGUCCGGGGGGCUCCGUCCCCUUCCAGGAUUCAGAGCAUUCCUCACUCCAGAAUAAUGACCAACCUUCUUUGGCCACCCCCUCCAGUCAGUCCAGCAUACAGGAUGAACAGCGGACUGAUUCAUUCCAAGGAGAGGCAGCCCAAUCCGAUGUCUGGAAUGAUGGCAGUAUGCCAGGGCCUAGUCAAAAUGUUGAAGCUGAGUCAAUUGAAGAUAUUGUGGAUACGGAUGAAGACACAGGUUUCUACCCCUCAGAACCAAUGCUCUGCAGUGAAUCAGAGGAAGGGCAAGUGCCCCAUUCAUUAGAGACCCUGUAUCAGUCAGCUGACUGUUCUAGUCCCAGUGAUGCCUUGAUAGUAUGCAUUCAUCUUCUCAUGUUGGAGUCGGGUUACAUACCUCAGGGGACUGAAACCAAAGCUAUUUCCAUGCCAGAGAACUGGAAAUCAGGAGGAGUGUAUAAGCUGCAGUACACGCAUCCUCUCUGUGAGGGCGGCUUUGCUGCUCUCACCUGUGUGCCUUUGGGAAACCUAGUCGUCAUAAAUGCUACGCUAAAAAUCAACAGUGAGAUUAGAAGUGUGAAAAGAUUGCAGCUGCUGCCAGAAUCUUUUAUUUGCAAAGAGGAACAAGGGGAAAAUGUAGCCAACAUCUACAAAGAUCUUCAGAAACUCUCUCGCCUCUUCAAAGACCAGCUGGUGUAUCCUCUUCUGGCUUUUACCCGACAAGCACUGAACCUCCCAGAUGUAUUUGGGUUGGUAGUCCUUCCAUUGGAGCUGAAACUACGGAUCUUUCGACUUCUGGACGUUCGUUCUGUCCUGUCUUUGUCUGCAGUUUGUCGUGACCUCUUUAUCGCGUCAAAUGACCAACUUCUGUGGAGGUGUUUAUAUCUGCGGGACUUUCGAGAUGGUACUGUUAGAGUUCGAGACACAGAUUGGAAAGAAUUGUACAAGAAGAAGCACAAACAAAGAAAAGAAGCUCAGAGAAUUCGGCAUAUGAUGUUCCUGCCGCCAUCGUCACCCCACCCCAACCCAUUCUACCCCAAUCCCUUCCACCCCAGGCCUUUCCCUCCUAGCUCGCUCCUUCCUCCAGGAAUUAUUGGUGGUGAAUUUGAUGAAAGACUAACACUUCCCUAUGUUGGGAACCCAAUCAAUUCACUCAUCCCUGGGCCGGGGGCAGCACCCGGCCAGUUCCCUCCACUCAGACCACGUUUUGAUCCAAUUGGCCCACUUCCAGGACCUAACCCCAUCCUGCCAGGGCGCGGUGGCCCCAAUGACAGAUUUCCCUUCAGACCCAACAGGGGUCGGCCAACUGAUAGCCGGCUACCAUUCAUGUGAUUGACUCGCGACCCCACUGUGGAGCUUGUUUGGGUUUUGUUUCUUAAAACUACAGCUGUCAUCUUCUCGGGUUGUUGACCUCUAGUGUUUUCUGAUUGUGGUGGUGAGGAAUGUACUCACACAAGCCUUUCAGUAGAUGUAUUUAAAGCUCCAGGGGUGGUGAGGCCCAAAGGUUACUUCAUUACAAGGUUGGCCUUGGGAAUAGUUGGCUGCUGACUUACCUCUAGAAUGAAGGUUGUUCACCGAUAAUGUUCUGUACCAGAUUUUUAAAAAUUAAGUAUAAAUUACAUGGCAGUCUCGACUUUUAUUACAGAAAGAUAUGUAAUAAAUAUUCAGAACAGCU